AUGCUGGCCACCAAAAAGCCAUCCUCUGAAGAGGCCGUUUUUACUGACACGGGCAUAGCAGCGCACAUAAGCCACAAUCGACUCAAGGCCAAGGGCUUGGGCCAAUACCACAACGCCCAGAACUACAAUAACCAGAACUUUGAGGAUCUGCGAGCAGCCUGCCUGAAGAAGGGGGAGCUGUUUGAGGACCCCUUAUUCCCUGCCGAGCCCUGUUCACUGGGCUUCAAGGAUCUGGGCCCCAACUCCAAAAGCGUGCAGAACAUCUCCUGGCAGCGGCCCACUCAAAUCACAAGCAAUCCUGAAUUCAUUAUGAAUGGAGUCAGCCCGACAGACAUCUGCCAGGGGGUACUCGGGGACUGCUGGCUGCUGGCUGCCAUUGGAGCCCUGACCACAUACCCAGAACUGCUAUACCGUGUGAUACCCAGAGGGCAGAACUUCAAGAAAAACUAUGCUGGCAUCUUCCAUUUUCAGAUUUGGCAGUUUGGGCAAUGGAUGGACGUGGUGGUUGAUGACCGGCUGCCCACAAAGAACGGCAAGCUGGUGUUUGUGCAUUCAGUGGAACGCUCGGAGUUCUGGAGUGCCCUGCUGGAGAAGGCCUAUGCCAAGUUGAGCGGAUCCUAUGAAGCUCUGUCAGGGGGCAACACGGUGGAGGGCUUUGAGGACUUCACUGGGGGCGUGACUGAGAGCGUGGAGCUCCAGAAGCCCCCUGCGAACCUGCAGAGGAUGUUAAGGAAAGCCAUAGAGCGGAAUUCCCUCCUGGGCUGCUCCAUCGAAAUCUCCAGUAACACUGAACUGGAAUCAAUGACCCGAAGGAUGCUGGUGAAAGGACAUGCUUACUCGGUGACUGGUCUUCAUGAUAUCUGCUACCGAGGCAAACUGUUAACACUGAUUCGAGUCCAGAAUCCCUGGGGCCGAGUUGAGUGGAAUGGAGCCUGGAGUGACAACUCCAGGGAGUGGGAAGAGGUGGCCAAGGACAUCCAGAAGCAGCUGCUGCACAAGAAGGAGGAUGGGGAAUUCUGGAUGUCCUAUGAAGACUUUCUGAACAACUUCACCCUGCUAGAGAUCUGCAACCUGAUGCCCGACACACUAUCUGAGAACAAGAGCUGCUGGCACACCACCUUCUACGAGGGCAGCUGGCGGAGAGGCAGCACCGCAGGGGGCUGCAGGAACCACCUGGGCACGUUCUGGACCAACCCCCAGUUUAAGAUCUCUCUCCCUGAGGAGGACGACGCCGAUGAUUAUGACAACAGUGACGCUGUCUGCACCUGCCUGGUGGCCCUGAUGCAGAAGAACUGGCGGCGGGGGCGGUCCCAUGGAGGCCAGCUGCUGACCAUUGGCUUUGUCAUCUACACGGUCCCAAAGGAGUUGCAGAACAUAAAGGAUAUCCACUUGAAGAAGGACUUCUUCGUGAAGUAUCAGGACCAUGGCUUCUCAGAGAUCUUCAUCAACUCCCGGGAGGUGAGCAGCCAUCUCCGACUGCCACCGGGGGAAUAUAUCAUCAUUCCUUCAACCUUUGAGCCCCACCUGGAUGCCGACUUCCUUCUCCGGGUCUUCACAGAGAAGCACAGCGAGUCCUGGGAACUGGAUGAAGCCAACUAUGCAGAGCAGCUCCAAGAGGAGAGCAUCUCUGAAGAUGCCCUUGACCAGGACAUCACAAAUCUGUAUAAGAUAGUGGCUGGAGGAGAGGACCGGGAGAUAGGCAUAUGUGAGCUACAAAAACUACUCAACAAGAUGGCCUCCAGAUUCAAGGUCCUCAAGACCAAGGGCUUUGGCCUGGACGUGUGCCGCUGUAUGAUCAACCUCAUGGACAAAAAUGGCUCUGGCAAACUGGGGCUUCUGGAGUUCCAGAUCCUGUGGAAAAAAAUCAAGAAGUGGACGGACAUCUUCAAAGAGUGUGACGAGGACCAUUCGGGCACCUUGAACGCCUAUGAGAUGCGCUUGGCAAUUGAGAAAGCAGGUAUCAAGGUGAAUAACAAGGUGAUGCAGGUGCUGGUGGCCAGGUACGCCAAUGACAACAUGAUCUUGGAUUUUGACGACUUCAUCACCUGUUUCCUGAGGCUGAAGGCUAUGUUCGCCUACUUUCUAACUAUGGACCCCAAAAAUACUGGCUAUAUUCACUUGAACCUGAACCAGUGGCUGCAGAUCACCAUGUGGGGCUAGACGGCCCCGGGCCCUGGCUCCCGGCUCGGCCCCAUGUGAUCCAAGGGUCUCAUGUGAUCCUUGCUGCUGUCAGCUCUGUGGUCUCUGCUGGUGGCAGCAUCUGGUCGCAAACACCAUGACUACAGUAGCAGCACCUCCCUGCCCAUGUUCCCAGCUUAAAGCUUUUCUGUUUUUCCGGCAGCCCCCACCAGGCUCUCUUCCCCUCUGAGUAUAUUUUACUAAUGAUUAAGUGACACUUUCCUAGAGUCCCCUGACUGGGGAAGCUCUGUGCUUUCUGCCCGGUUCACACCUGCCUGCUGGCCACCUCUCCUGGCACAGCCCUUCU